UCUUUUUAAAGGUGCUUUGACAUCGAUUGUCCCAUUUAAGGCUGAAUCACAAAUUGCGACCUUUGUGCUGCUCUUUGGCUCCACCUGGCGGCAGCCGCGCAAACUGAGUUGAGUUGUUUCUCUUCUAACGCCGUGCCAAGUUUACUCGGAACUAUUUAGCUCAGCUCUCACUGAGUGUGCAUCGGACCUAAAGCAAAGAGCACACACCCCGGAAGAAAUUGAUACCAGCAGGACGUUUUAAUGCCCCGAGAAGGAUCACUAGUAACCAAUAAACACAAAGAUGUAGCUCACGUGGUACACAGUCAGCCUAUCGAACUCCUAAUAGUCACUAACUCACUCUCUUCCGCUCCCGGCUCCUUCUUUCGCGACAAGAUGGCCACACCGGCAGUAACAGCAAGUGAUCCUCCCGCCACUCCAGCCCCAGCCCCGGCGGCGGCCCCAGUCUCAGCCCCAGCAUCAGUCCCGGCACCAGCGCCAACGCCACCUCCGACGCCAGCUGCGGCUCCGGCCUCAUCUUCAGACCCUGCGGCAGCAGCGGCUACGACUGCGGCUGCGGGCCAGACCCCGGCCUCCGCGCAAGCCCCAGCGCAGACCCCGGCGCCCUCACUGACUGGUCCUGCUCUCCCAGGGCCCUUCCCUGGCGGCCGCGUGGUCAGGCUGCACCCAGUCAUUUUGGCCUCCAUCGUGGACAGCUACGAGCGACGAAACGAGGGAGCUGCCCGUGUUAUCGGGACCCUGCUGGGAACUGUUGACAAGCACUCAGUGGAGGUCACCAAUUGCUUUUCAGUGCCGCACAAUGAGUCAGAAGAUGAAGUGGCUGUUGACAUGGAAUUUGCUAAGAACAUGUAUGAAUUGCACAAAAAAGUCUCUCCAAAUGAGCUCAUCCUGGGCUGGUACGCUACAGGCCACGACAUCACAGAGCACUCUGUGCUGAUCCAUGAGUACUACAGCCGGGAGGCCCCCAACCCCAUUCACCUCACUGUGGACACAAGUCUCCAGAACGGCCGCAUGAGCAUCAAAGCCUAUGUCAGCACUUUAAUGGGUGUCCCUGGAAGGACCAUGGGAGUGAUGUUCACACCUCUGACAGUGAAAUAUGCAUAUUAUGACACUGAACGCAUUGGUGUUGACCUGAUCAUGAAGACCUGUUUUAGCCCCAACCGAGUGAUCGGACUCUCAAGUGACUUGCAGCAAGUAGGAGGGGCAUCAGCUCGCAUCCAGGAUGCCUUAAGCACAGUGUUGCAGUAUGCAGAGGAUGUGCUGUCUGGAAAGGUGUCAGCUGACAAUACUGUGGGUCGCUUCUUGAUGAGCCUGGUUAACCAAGUACCCAAAAUAGCUCCUGAUGACUUCGAGACCAUGCUCAACAGCAACAUCAAUGACCUGCUAAUGGUGACCUACCUGGCCAAUCUCACACAGUCACAGAUUGCCCUCAAUGAGAAGCUUGUAAACCUGUGAAUAGGCCCCAGGCAGAACUCCUGCCAGUCUGGGUCUCACCCUAGGACUCAGUAUGAAGUGAAGGCGAAAUGGUUUCUUUGUGGUCUUGAGUCACACUGAGUCAGUCAGUUGCUAGUGACUCUAAUAAACAUGGCCUACCUUUUGUAAAUGAA